AUGGUCAACACACGCCGCAAGACCUACGAACCACCUGCUGCCUCAAGCACAUACGAAGCUCCGACAAACGAUGCUCAAAAAGAAGAAGAAGAACAAACAGCAAUUCAAGACGAGAAUAACAACAACCUCACACCAGAGGAGGAACAAAAUGAAAUUGAUGAUCAAGAAGAAGCCUCCAAGAAGAGAAAGGCUCCACCCAAAAAGAAGGGAGGAAGAAAGAAAAAGAAGAAAACCCAAAAGAAUGUCACUGGAAUACCCAAAAAACUUGAAAUUAAAUCGACGGAAGAAAGAAUACGAGAGGCCAUCGGCGAAGAUGAUGAAGAGGUCAAAAAUUCUCGUGAUGAUGGAGAUGCCAUGAUGGUAGAUCAUGAGGAUAAAUCUGCAGACAAAAUGAAAGAUGAUCAGGGUGUCGAUGAGGAUGAUGAGGAUGGUGCAAAUGAAGGAUCCUCCAUGAAAAGUUCAAUGAAAUCGAUCAUUGAUAAUAGAAGCGUAAAAUCAAAACGUUUGGAUUGGGAGCAAGGUUUUUUCUAUUUACCCAAAUUUGAUUGCUAUCUACCCAGACCUGUUUUUCACAUGAUUCUACAGUAUAUUCCUCCUUAUCCCUUUUAUUUGACUUUGAGAGGAGUGUGUCAACAAUGGCUUGAUGAUUUAUACCACAAUAUCUGCCCAAAUGUUCAGUCCAUUGAUUUGGUUCGGAGAAACGAGUUUUCUGAUAGCAUUGUCUACAAGUACCCAUGGUAUAAUCCAAACGCGAAAAGAAAGUAUAGCGAUUCUCUUCGAUACAUCGCUUUGAUUUUUCCAAAUGUGACAUCAAUGUGUUUUCCAAUCUUUGAUCCACAUCAAUUAAGAGUUCCAACAAGAUUUUUACAAUACUUCUCAAACUUAGAGAGAAUGACGUUGUUCAAUUAUAGUCCAUUUACUCCUUUUUACCUGAGCGUUUUAUCUAGUCGUAAUGAUUUCUUACUCUCCAUGGAUUUGGUUGACGUGCGAUCUAUAGAAAUUGGAUAUCCAUACCGUAGAAGAAGAGGAGGACGAACUUCUUUUCCCUAUGUACUUAGCAACAUGUAUAGUAGUCAUCACAAGCAUCUCAAAAUCAACCAUAGUAUCUCGUAUGGAGAUAAUAACGAGGUAAUAUUCAGGGAAAUCAAGUAUCUAGUGCAAGAGGAGAGGUUUUCAUUUGAAGCAAUAGAUUUCUUUACUCUAUCUGCAUCCAAGUAUUCGAAGGGAAUGCUUGAGUUCUUUUUAGACAAAUACAAGCAACAACUUGAACUAAACUACAAGCCUCUCAUUCCAUUUGAAGAAUAUUUCGAGAGGAAUGGAAUACUUUCUGCUCAUGAAUUAUGUAACUUUAUAAUUGAGAAUCAGCUAUUUAAAGUAGCAUUUCCUAAUGCAGAGGCCGUGGAUUACGCCAUAACUAAAAAGAUUUUACGAAAUAUAUCUGAUGUGAAAAUGGGUCAAGCUCUCUUUGAACAAGCGAAGUUUCCACUUCUAUUUGAGGGAAAGCUGAACCCGCUUCUCGAACUCCUUCAUACUAAUCCUUUCGUUCCACAACUAGUUUCAUAUUUAUGUCAACUUGUUCCAAAGUUGAUUACAUUAGGAGAUAGUGACGGAAUAGUUGUUAAAGAUGAAAAUGGUAACUAUGUUCACAACAUGAACAUACUUGCUGCUUAUCUAAAACGAAAUAGAUAUCCAACUAUCAAUAUUUACAAUCUAAUACAACGCCUGCAUGAGUGUGGUUGUGAUUUGAACUACAUUUUCCCAGAAUCAGACAAUAACUUCUUGCACUUAAUACCUUCUUCAUACUUAUUUGAAGUCAUGCCUAAAGAGUAUUUAAUCAUGAAAAAUAAUGCAGGUCAAACUCCUCUUCAGUCUCUAGUCACCUCGAGAGGAGAAUUGUCUGCUGAUUUCAUUGAAGAAGUAAGCAAGAUAUUUAACACUAAAGGAAUACCUCUAAAUGACACGUAUGAUAACAACCAAAACUUGUUACACAUGUUUGCUGAGAAGAAAAAUCAACCUGUCAUUGAGACUCUUAUUGGUUAUGGUAUCGAUGCAAAUGCUGUGGAUACGUUUGGUAAAACACCACUUUUCUACAUGCACUCAAUUUUUUGCAAGAAUAUUCAAAUACAGACUCUCCGUAAAUUAAUGCAAGCCAUGGAUUCAUCAAUGUUGAAUCAUAAAAACAAUACAGGAAAAACUGCACUUACAUAUUGGCUGGAAGAUUUGAAGCCAAGUAUUUCUUUUACACGAAGACAAUACCAUUAUCAUCCAAGAGAUGGAACAGAUAUUUCAGCACUCUUUUCAGUUAUUCUAGCUAUGAUUGAUGCUGGUUGUGAUUUGUGUGAAGCCAUUCAAAGUAUGAACUCUGAACUCAUGAAACAAGGCAAUCUCCCCCGUAACAUUUCUCUAUUCCUAGUCUACUUACUCAUUUCUGUAACUGAUGAUACGAAACAUUCUGUUUAUCGAUUACUGACCGUAAUAUGUCAAGGCAAAGAUAUCAAAGAGCUCUUGACUGAACCAUUUCAAUUUCAAGAUAACGAAUUUGAAGACCAAAGUUUGCUUGGAAUCGAAGCAAACGCUCUCUCAUGUUUAUUGAACCUUUGGCUUUCUAGACCUGAUCAACCCUCUGCCGCUACUGUAUUUUUUGACAAUAUGUGCCCAUUGGUUGAUAAGAGUGUGUUGGAUAAGGUAUUCACUCUUGAGGAUGGAUCUACGAUUGAUUUUUUGUACUACGCUCUGUUGUCUCCAACUGAUAGGACUCAACUUCUGCUCUUCUUCGAAGUAAUGUUCAAUAUUCCUCGUUCAUAUCAUUACACAUGGUACAGAACCCCGGAUAUGGCACAAAUUUUACCUUUGCUUGUCAAAUAUUCCUUUAACGACCCUGAGAUGGGACCUCUCAAUAUUCUUCAACUUGGAUGUAAGCUUGGGUGCAGUGAUUGGUUACAGUAUACAUUGUUUCCAAAUUUAAAAUCUGGAAUAAUUACAAAUAAUGAAUUCCAACAAAUGAAAAAUGCAAAAACAAAGAACGGAAACGAUUUAUUGGAUAUUGUUUGCAAGAGUUUUAACAUGAAUUUAGCAUCUUUCAUUAGUUCAGAAUGCUCUUUAACAUUUAAACGAUCUCAUUUUGAGGAAGCACUCGCAAAACACCAAUAUGAUUUUUGUAAUUCUCUCAUACAGAGCAAAAGCGCUGAUGUGAAACCAACUUUAGAUGAAAUUGCGCAUGUUUUGUGUGGAUAUAUUCAAACUGAGGAAAUUUAUGAUGAAAAAUCUUUCGAGGAUACUUAUAUUGGCCUAUUUGAGGAUUAUUUUUUAGCCCAUGAAACGACUUUAGAAGAAAAGUGCAAUAUUUUUAAUAAGGUCUUCACGAUUCGAGGCGAGAAACAGCCAUCAUCAUUGCGCACUCGUCAUGUCCUCCCAAUAUCCACCCAACACAGUGAUUGGUUCCAAUAUGUACAACAUACUCUCAGAACAAACAAAAAGCUAUUCUCUAAACCCACUGAGACUUCAACAGUAGAACACAAGACCUCUCUUUUGGAAUUGUGCUUCUUGCAUGGAUUUGUAUUUUUGACAGCUUAUUUUGUGUAUGGAGAAACUUCAGUGAAUCGAAGACCCAAGAAGAUCUUUAUGAAAAGUGAGUUAGAAAAAGAAGUAUUGCUGCCUUGGGCCACCUACCAGAAUGAGAAUACAGGCAACACUCUCUUCCAUUUACUUUGCACAAACACUGAAAACACUAAGGCUACAGUGAAACAGCAACAUGAAAAUAAGGAAUAUUUAGCCACUGACUUAAUGCAAUACUUGCAAUCAGUUAAAAGAAAUAACAUAUAUAAUGUCACCAACAAGAAUGGAGAAACUGCACUAUUCAAUGCUUACCGUACCCAAUUUUUGAUUGAUGCAUUGACUCCCUUAACGGACACAUCCAUCAAAAAUAAGGAUGGCAAAAUAGCUUCUGAGAUGACACAAAUUGAGCUUCUAGAUGCAAAAAACAGAAAAGCAAAACAGUUUUACUAA